CAGUGACUUGGGGGUACGUAAGGGGCAUGUGUGUUAGAGAAUAUGGAUUCCUCGCACCCCCAUCCCCUCCUAGGGCUCUGUGUGGGUUAGGAGGAAAUUUUCAAGUCAGUCUUCUGUUGGGGCUUCCCCCCCAGGGUAUGGCAUUGAAGCUCUCAGUGGCACAGAAGGGAUAGCCAUGUGCACAAGUCAGAACACGAGGCUUUCUCUUUGGCCAAGCUCUGCCACAAACUUGCUGUGUGACUUUAGGUUCACUUUUGUCCAUGACUUUGUCCUCAACUCUGAAAAUACUGGGCUGGCCUUUUGCCUCACUCCCAGUAUUUCCCAAGGGACCUGUGUGAGUUGGCAGUGUGAUCCAGUGCCCCUCACUUCCACCUCCUAGUCGGGGUAGGGGGGCACACAGACCUGGGUUUGAAUUCAGUUCAGCCACUGGGACCUCUUUGCAAGUUAUGGAACCUCUGUGAGCCUUCCUUGCCUCAUCUGAAACUGAUAUUAAUUUUAUCCAAUUUUAUGCAGGAUAAUUAUAAGACAAGGGCGCUCCAACUUUGGGUGCACGAGUGCCCUAGGAGACUUGUUUAAAAUGCACAUCCCAGGCCUCACCUCCAGAGAGAUUCUGACUAGGUGGAUCUGGGGAGGGUACUGGGAAUAUGCAUUUUAUAAAUAGCUCUAUUGAGUCUAAAGCAGGGUCCUUGGAACACACUUGGAACAACACUGCAGUGAUGACUAGAAAUGACAUAUCAAACGCUUGGCAGAGUGCCUGGUGCUUAGUAGGUGCUUAAUGAGUGUUUGUUGCGUGAAUACAUGAACAGAUGAAUAAAUGGAUGAAUAACCUUAUUUCCUUGGUCUUUGUCCAGGGGCAAGCUGGGGCUGGGGUCCAGGUGUGCUGCCAGCCAGUCCCCUGGUCCUUGCCUCCCCGCUCCAUUCUUCCCAGGCCCACCAUUGGAUCGCAGGAGCUUCCCUGGCCUGACUCACCCAAUAUGGAGGGGGAGGCUGGGAAUGCCCCCUGUGAAUACUUUGAGGCCAAUAUGAUUGCCCAGAGCUGCUGUCAGAACUGCUCCCACCCUGAGGAGGCCCACAGAGCAAGGCACCAGGAGCCUGGGAGGCCUCCAAGUGCUGAGGCACCCUACUGCGACCUGCCCCGCUGCCCGCCUGCCUCUGAGGACCUGCACAGUGCCUCGACCUCUGGGUGCCAGUCUGUGGUGGGCCUCGGCCUUGGGCCAGGGUCCGAGAGGGGCCCAUCGGCAGGGCUUCCUGCAGAGGGCCUCACAGCCAGCCCCAGGAGCAGGAGCUGGGACCCCGAGGCAGUGCCCUAUCUGGAGGGCCUGGCCUCCUCCUCAUGUGGCAGCUGCGACGAGGGCCCUGACUCUGCCACCAGCUCCAGCCCUGACUACGACACCCCUGAUGAUACCAGCAACUCGUCCUCUGUGGACUGGGACAUUGUCAAAAGGAAGGAGGAGGCCCCCAGCUGGGACAAGUUCACUGCAAUGAUCCCUCGGAAGCUGCAGGAGGGGUCAAAAGCUGAUAGUGCCCAAAGGGCCCCGUCUGUCCUCACUCGGUCCCCUAUGGGAGGAGACACUGCAAGCCAAAGAAAGGAGGAUUCCGGUGGUGGGAGCCGAAGCGCCGGCCAGCACUGGGCGAAGCUCCGGGGAGAAAGUGGGCACUUCCUGGAGCGGCAGCGGUCAGCGCUGCCCCAGGCUUCCUCCGCGACACCGCAGAGCGGGCCCCGAGCUGCCACCCCCCAGGCUUCCUCUCUCCAUCGCUCUGCCCAAAGGGAUGUUGCCCAGGCUGCUCCCGUACAACUUGAUCCCCCCCGAGCUUCCUCUCCCUCCCAAGCAGCCCAACGGGACAACCCCAGAACCUCGUCCACCCAACAGGACACCCCCAGGACUUCUUCCAUGCAGCGGAGCACCCCCAGAACGUCCUCUCCCUCAAGAAUCGCCCAACGGGAUAACCCCAGAACCUCGUCCACCCAGCGAAGCAAUCCUCGAGUUUCCUCUUCCCCCAGAGCCGCCCAACAGGACAACUCCAGAACCUCUUCUGCCCAACAGGACAAUCCUCAGGCUUCUUUUUCCACAUGUACUUCCCAACAGGAAAACUCUAGAACAUCCUGUGCCCAGCGGGACAACCCCAGAGCCUCCUCUCCCAGCAGAACCAUCCAGCGGGAAAACUCUAGAACAUCCUGUGCCCAGCGGGAUAACCCCAGAGGCUCCUCUCCCAGCAGAACCACCCAGCGGGAAAACUCUAGAACAUCCUGUGCCCAGCGGGAUAACCCCAGAGGCUCCUCUCCCAGCAGAACCACCCAGCGGGAAAACUCUAGAACAUCCUGUGCCCAGCGGGAUAACCCCAGAGGCUCCUCUCCCAGCAGAACCACCCAGCGGGAAAACUCUAGAACAUCCUGUGCCCAGCGGGAUAACCCCAGAGGCUCCUCUCCCAGCAGAACCACCCAGCGGGAAAACUCUAGAACAUCCUGUGCCCAGCGGGAUAACCCCAGAGGCUCCUCUCCCAGCAGAACCACCCAGCGGGAAAACUCUAGAACAUCCUGUGCCCAGCGGGAUAACCCCAGAGGCUCCUCUCCCAGCAGAACCACCCAGCGGGAAAACUCUAGAACAUCCUGUGCCCAGCGGGAUAACCCCAGAGGCUCCUCUCCCAGCAGAACCACCCAGCGGGAAAACUCUAGAACAUCCUGUGCCCAGCGGGAUAACCCCAGAGGCUCCUCUCCCAGCAGAACCACCCAGCGGGAAAACUCUAGAACAUCCUGUGCCCANAACCCCAGAGGCUCCUCUCCCAACCGAACCAUCCAGCGGGAAAACUCUAGAACAUCCUGUGCCCAGCGGAACAACCCCAGAGGCUCCUCUCCCAACCGAACCAUCCAGAGGGAAAACUCUAAAACGUCCAGUGCCCAGCGGAACAACCCCAGAGGCUCCUCUCCCAACCCAACCAUCCAGCGGGAAAACUCUAGAAUGUCUUGCACUCAGCAGAACACCCCCAGAACCUCUUCUACCCAACGGGACAACCCGCAGUCCUCUUCGUUUCGGCGGGACAACCCCGGGAGCCCCUCCCCUCAGUGCUGCACCCAGAACAAUCCUGGGCCAUCGUCUCCCCACCGCCCCACUCAGCGGAACAACCCCAGGAGCUCCCCCCCCCAUCGCACUAACAAAGACAUUCCCUGGGCCUCCUUUCCCCUCCGGCCCACCCAGAGCGAUGGCCCCCGGACCUCUUCCCCCUCUCGCUCCAAGCAAAGUGAGGUCCCCUGGGCAUCUAUUGCCCUUCGGCCAACCCAAGGUGACAGGCCUCAGGCCUCAUCUCCCGCUCGAGCAGCGCAGCGGGACUCACCCCAGCCCCCCUCGGGCCCUCCCCAGCACAACUCGCCAUCCCGGGCCACCCCCUCCUCUCACAACCCGGGCCACCACGGUGCCCCCCGGACGCCCACGCCUCUGCACCUCACCCGAGGGGCAUCCCAGACCUCUUUUGACUCCUCCCAGCCUCCAUGUGCUGUGUGCAUUGGGCACCGGGAUGCCCCCCGAGCCUCUUCGCCCCCUCGCUAUUUGCAGCAUGACCCGUUCCCCUUCUUCCCAGACCCCCAUGCCUCUGAGAAUGAAUCAACGCGCCAUGAACCCCCCUACAUCCCCCCGGCCGUGUGCAUUGGGCACCGGGAUGCCCCCCGGGCCUCCUCGCCCCCUCGCCACACCCAGUUUGACCCCUUCCCCUUCCUCCCAGACACAUCAGAUGCUGAGAACCAGUCACCCCAGCAUGACCCUCCUCAGUUCCCCCCAACUGUGUGUAUCGGGUACCGCGAUGCACCCCGGGCCUCCUCCCCGCCGCGCCAGGCCCCUGAGCCCUCCCUCUUGUUCCAGGAUUUCCCCAGGGCCAGCACUGAGAGCCUUGUCCCCUCCACAGACUCCUUGCAUGAGCCCCCCCACAUCCCCACCCCUGUGUGCAUUGGGCACCGAGAUGCACCCUCCUUCUCGUCCCCACCACGCCAGGCCCCUGAGCCCUCCCUCUUCUUUCAGGACCCCCCUGGGACUAGUAUGGAGAGCCUGGCCCCUUCCACCGACUCUCUGCAUGGCUCCCCAAUGCUGCUCCCCCAAGUGUGCAUUGGGCACCGGGAUGCACCUCGAGCCUCCUCUCCACCCCGACACCCACCCAGUGACCUAGCCCUUCUGGCACCCUCACCUCCUCCAGGCAGCUCAGGGGGCUCCCGGGGCUCAGCACCCCCUGGGGAGACCAGGCACAACUUGGAGAGGGAGGAGUACACCGUGCUGGCUGACCUGCCCCCACCCAGGAGGCUGGCGCAGAGGGAGCCAGGGCCCCAGGGCAGCAACGGGGGCCGAACCCGCAGCCCUGGCCGAGCAGAGGUGGAGCGCCUCUUCGGGCAAGAGCGCAGGAAGUCCGAGGCACCGGGGGCCUUCCAGGCCCGGGACGAGGGGCGGUCGCAGCGGCCCGGCCAAGGUCAGAGCCAGCUUCUCCGGAGACAGUCCAGCCCUGCCCUCAGCAGGGAGGUAACCGCACCCCUUGCGAAGCACGCAGAGCCUGCCCGGAGGAGGGGCCCUCCGGGCCGCGCAGAGCCCCCUCCUCCCAGGAGACCCGAGGGGGACCUGCGGCUCCAGGGCUCCUCGCAGCCCCCAAGGACAUCAGCCAGGACCUCUGAGAGGGAGCGGCGGACGGAGAAACCUCCGGAGAGGGGCAGGGCGGGCCCAAGACAGCCUCUGGGUGGAUGGCAGAGUCAGGAGGAGCCGCCAGGGUCCCGGGGCCCGCAUAGACACCCCGAGAGAGGCUGGAGCAGCCAGGACGAGGGCCCAGGCCUGGCGGGCUGGCAAGAACUUGGGGAGCCCAGCCGUGGGGCUGCCAGGGCUCCUGAGGGAACAUGGAGGGGCCCUCUCAGGGAGUCUGAGGAGAGCUGGGGGCAGUCAGAGGCCUGGGAGAAGCCCCCCAGUAAUGGGUUGCAAAAGCCUCCCGACAGGCCAGCUCACAGGGGCCGGGGCACCCUGCAGGAGCUGUUCGGUCCUCACCAGCCCAUGAGCUUCUCGGAGCACACCAAGGAAGGCCCAGCAGAGUUCUCGAAUUCCUGGAAGCCUGAGACGGCCACUGUCAUGGGCCGGGGAACUGAGGGAGCAUGUCCGCACCUGCAUGGCCCUGAGAGGCGACUCGAGCUUGACUGGAGGGACCUGGUGAGCCUUCUUGGGAUACCCAGAGAGGGGGCCUGGGCCCGCACACAGGAGCCGAUGCCUGCUUCCCGUCUUCCAAGCCUGGAUUGGGAAGGCCUCCUGGAGCUCCUGCAGGCUCAGCUGUCCCGAAAGGACUCAGCUGGACACUGGGAUGGCCCCAUCACAGCUUCAGGGCCAGAGCUGGGUUCCCCAAGCACAAAGGAUGCCCCUGAACGAGAGCGACAAGGCCAGCCUGCAGGCUGGUCAGAGGCCACCCUAGUCAAUGGACACAGCCCCGGGCAGUGGCCCCAGAGCUUGGCCCAGCCGCACAGCCCUGCCUGCAUCUCCACCCAGUGGCCACAGACCAAAGUGAUGAGAGGACCAGAGGCCUCAGCUGUGGUUGCUCUGGAGGAGCUGGGCCAGCUGGGGAGCAGGAGCCCUGCAGAGGGCCCCAGCUCAGCACAGUGGGAGUUCCAAUCAGAGGAGCCUGAGGAGUCAGAACCAAGAGGAGGCCGAGACUCCCUGACUGAGCAGAAGCGGGCAGACUCGCCCGAUCUGCUCAACUUCAAGAAGGGAUGGAUGUCAAUCUUGGACGAGCCUGGAGAGUGGAAGAAGCAUUGGUUUGUACUGACUGAUUCAAGCCUCAAGUACUACAGGGACUCCACCGCUGAGGAGGCAGAUGAGCUGGAUGGCGAGAUUGACCUGCGUUCCUGCACUGACGUCACUGAGUAUGCAGUACAGCGCAACUAUGGCUUCCAGAUUCACACCAAGGAUGCUGUCUAUACCUUGUCGGCCAUGACCUCGGGCAUCCGGAGGAACUGGAUCGAGGCUCUGAGGAAGACCGUGCGUCCCACUUCAGCCCCAGAUGUCACCAAGCUCUCGGACUGCAAUAAAGAGAACACACUGCACAGCUACAGCACCCAGAAGGGCUCCCUGAAGGUGGGGGAGCAGCGUGUGGGCUCUGAGGUCAUCAGCCGAGGCGGCUCUCGGAAGGCUGAUGGACAGCGGCCGUCCCUGGACUACGUGGAGCUGUCCCCGCUGACUCAGGGCUCCCCGCAGCGGGCCCGCACCCCAGUUCGCACUCUUGACCGCCCAGCCAAGCAGGAGGAGCUGGAGCGAGACCUGGCCCAACGCUCUGAAGAGAGACGCAAGUGGUUCGAGGCUGUGGACAGCAGGGCCACAGAGACACCAGCUGGUGAGGGGCCACGCCGGGGCCUGGGCGCCCCCCUGACUGAGGACCAGCAGAGUCGGCUCAGCGAGGAGAUCGAGAAGAAGUGGCAGGAACUGGAGAAGCUGCCCCUGCGGGAGAACAGGCGGGUGCCUCUCACCGCACUGCUCAACCAGAGCCGCGGGGAGCGCCGGGGUCCCCCGAGUGACAGCCACGAGGCACUGGAGAAGGAGGUCCUGUCUCUUCGUGCCCAGUUGGAGGCAUGGCGUCUUCAAGGGGAGGCUCCUCAGGGUGCAUCCAGGUCCCAGGAGGAUGGUCACAUCCCCCCAGGCUACAUCUCACAGGAGGCAUGGGAGCGCAGCCUGGCGGAGAUGGAGUCCUCACACCAGCAGGUGAUGGAGGAGCUGCAGCGGCACCACGAGCGGGAGCUGCAGAGGCUGCAGCAGGAGAAGGAGUGGCUCCUGGCGGAGGAGACGGCCGCCACGGCCUCAGCCAUCGAAGCCAUGAAGAAGGCCUACCAGGAAGAACUGAGCCGGGAGCUGAGCAAGACACGGAGUCUCCAGCAGGGCCCAGAUGGCCUCCGGAAGCAGCACCAGUCAGACGUGGACGCGCUCAAGCGGGAGCUGCAGGUGCUGUCAGAGCAGUACUCACAGAAGUGCCUGGAGAUCGGUGCCCUGACGCGGCAGGCGGAGGAGCGCGAGCACACACUGCGGUGCUGCCAGCAGGAGGGCCAGGAGCUGCUGCGUCACAACCAGGAGCUGCAUGGCCGCCUGUCCGAGGAGAUUGACCGGCUGCGUGGCUUCAUCGCCUCACAGGGCACUGGCAACAGCUGUGGGCGCAGUGAGCGGAGCUCCUGUGAACUGGAAGUGCUGUUGCGAGUGAAGGAGAAUGAACUUCAGUACCUGAAGAAGGAGGUGCAGUGCCUUCGGGAUGAGCUCCAGACGAUGCAGAAGGACAAGCGCUUCACUUCAGGAAAGUACCAGGAUGUCUACGUGGAGCUGAACCACAUCAAGACGCGGUCGGAGCGGGAGAUCGAGCAGCUGAAGGAGCACCUGCGCCUCGCCAUGGCUGCCCUGCAGGAGAAGGAGGCAGUGCGCAACAGCGUGGCCGAGUAGAGGUCCUUGUGGUCCAGCCUAGCCUCAGACCUCCAGUUGCCCUCCUUCCAAGGGGACCAGUUGCCCUCCUUCCCUGCUGGAUGGAAGUCAGAAGCCAAGCUUUCUCCCCACCCUCUGUGGGCUACACAUGCACUCACAACCGUCACACGCAGCCCCCCCCACAGGAACACACACACACACACACGCACAGGCACAUACACA